AUGGAGAAAUAUUGUGCAACGUGGUCAUGCACUCCCUAUGCAAACAAGAAGCUUAAUGCUGCAUAUGAGGAUGCCCAGAGAGUUGCUGAUGGCUGCCCCAUCUUCCUCUUCUUUUUUGUUGUUGGGAGUGGCCAGUUCUGUGGUAUGGCAGAAAUGACCGGCACAGUGGAUUUCCACAGAGAUAUGGAUUUCGGGCUGCGGCAUAAACGGAGUGGAAGCUUUCCGGUGAAGUGGCACAUCAUAAAGGAUUUGGCAAACUUGAAUUUUUUUAAGCUCACCAUAUUGCACAACAAUGACAACAGAGACAUACAAAGGAUAAGUUGGAAGAGAGGUCUGCGGAUGCUCAACCUAUUCAAGCGUCGUACGUCGUCAACGACACCCCUACUCGAUGUCUUUAUGCAGGAAGAGGUAUAUAGGUAAAUGCUGUGAUGAGAGGAGGUUUAUGAGAUGUGAAGGUGGAUUUGAUUUUGGAUGGUUUGUGUUUUUGUUUGAAAUGUUGUUGACAAAGUCCCUUGGUGAUCACUCUGAAAUCUCUAUAAUACUAGUAUAAUAAAGGAUGUUUUCCCCUCUA